UCCAGGAUCCCUAGCUGUUCCCAUCUAUACUGGAGAGAUACCCUUGGCUCAAAUUUCACUGCUUACUUCUUUGAAAUAUACAGUGAUAUCUGCUCUGCCAUGCACUCCAUCUGAUCAAGUCCAUCCAGACAUUAGGGCCAUCCUACUGUACCUCAGCAGUGGUCCAGGACAAGAGCCUGUCACCAUCAUGACCUUUAACUUUACAGAAUCACAAGUCUCUUCCUCCUUUGAAAUUGAAACCUGGCAACCCCAGGGGUGGGUGAUUUUUAAUGGUGACACCAACACAAAAGAUGACUGGUUUAUUCUAGGAUUUUGGGAUGGGAGACCUGAGAUCCAACUGCACAACCCCUAGGACCAGCUUACAGUGGGCUCUGUACCCCAAGUGAAUGAUGGGUAGUGGCAUCAGGUAGACCUGAUCUACACAAGUGAAAAUCCAUGGGACUCCUUGGUGCUGGAGGUGGAUGAGGAAGAUGUGGUCUGCCUGAGACAGGCUUCUGGGCCUCUGACCAGCAAACCCCAAACCACUUUGAGGAUUGCAUUGGGGGAGAUGGCUCUUCCCUGUUUCAACCUCAGGCUGCCAAUGAUCCCUGCGCUGGAUGACUGCUGGUUGGACCAACAAGUCCAGGCCUCAGCCUCUGCACACACUAGCUUCAGGAGCAGUACAUUAGAGUCCCAGCCUGGCACUUCCUUCCCACCAGGAACACAAGCAGAAUUCAAUACAUUCCAAGGCUUAUGGACUUUUUCUCUAGACCUGAGGCUCCAGCUUGCAGCAGACUCAGGCCACCUUCUUGCUCUGGGGACCCUGGAAAACCCUUAUUGGCUGAGCCUUCAGUUCGAAGAUCCGAAGGUGAUGCUGUCUUCUGGGCGAAGACCCUCAUGAAGUCUGCCCCUGAUCUUUGGACUUCCUGUUCACCUGAAGCUGAGUGAAUCCAGGGUAGUCUUGAGCCAGGGAUCACAGCACAUCCUUGCUCUGACUCCGUUGGGGCUUGGCUCCUUCCUCAAGGCCCAGCCUCAGGGGUGCCUGGUCCUCAGGGUGUUAUUAGGAGAAGCCUCUUCUGCUUCCUUUUGCUUGGAUGGUCUUUGGGCACAAGGCCAGAAGCUGGAUCUGGAUUAGAACCUGUGCAGAAGUCAUGACAUCUGGACUAACAGCUGUCCUCACAGCCCAGGCAAUGAUACCAACAUUACCUAUUAA